GCAGGCGCCAUGGUGUGUGCGCCCGUGUCCCUGGCGAUGCUGCUACUGCUGCUCGUGGCCGGAGCCCGGCCCGGAGUUGCGCGCAGGGGUCACCAGCACCAGCAGCAGCAGCAGCACAGGCCCAAGGUGGACCCGCUGCUGGUGCACACCACCAAGGGCCCCAUCCGGGGCCUGGCCACCGAGGCGCCGUCGGGCAAGCUCGUCGACGUCUUCUACGGCAUCCCGUACGCUCAGCCACCCGUGGGCAGGUACCGCUUCCGACACCCCAAGCCCACGGACCCGUGGAAGGGCGUCCUGGACGCCACGGUCAAGCCCAGCUCCUGCUACCAGACGGUGGACACGUUCUUCGGCGACUUCCGCGGCAGCCUCAUGUGGAACGUGAACACCAACAUGAGCGAGGACUGCCUCACCCUCAACGUCUGGGUGCCUCGGCCCAGGCCCAAUAACAGCGCCGUCCUGGUGUGGAUCUACGGCGGCGGCUUCUACAGCGGCACCUCCACGCUGGACGUGUACGACGGCCGCUCCCUGGUGGCCGAGGAGCGCUUGGUGCUCGUGUCCAUGAACUACCGCGUGGCCUCGCUGGGCUUCCUCUCCCUGGACCAUCCGGAGGCCCCCGGCAACGCGGGCCUCUUCGACCAGCUCAUGGCGCUCCAGUGGAUCCAGGACAACAUCGCCGCGUUCGGCGGCAACCCGCGCAACGUGACGCUGUUCGGCGAGAGCGCGGGCGCCGUCAGCGUGAGCAUGCACCUGCUGUCGCCGUUGUCGCGGGACCUGUUCUCGCAAGCCAUCAUGCAGAGCGGUACCGCCACGGCGCCAUGGAGCCUGCACGACCGGCGCAGCGCCACGGAGUCGGCGCUGCGACUGGCCGAAGCCCUGCACUGCCCGCACUCCCCCGCCGAGCCCGAACCUAUGCUGGAGUGCCUGCGGCGCCAGGACCCCGAGACCAUGGUGAACAGCGAGACCGGCAGCCUGGGCGUCGUCGAGUUCGCCUUCGUGCCGGUCGUAGACGGCGCCUUCCUGGACGAGACGCCGCACGAGUCCCUGGCGUCGCGCAACUUCAAGAAGACGCGCGUGCUGCUGGGCUCGAACCGCGACGAGGGCAGCUACUUCCUCAUCUACUACCUGACGGAGCUGUUCCGGCGCGACGAGUCCGUGUACCUGGCGCGCGAGGACUUCGUGCGCGCCGUGCGCGAGCUCAACCCGUACGUGGGCGAGCUGGCGCAGCAGGCCAUCGUGUUCCAGUACACGGACUGGCUGAACCCGGAGGACCCGAUCAAGAACCGGGACGCCGUGGACAAGAUCGUGGGCGACUACCACUUCACGUGCUCGGUGUCCGAGUGGGCGCACCACUACGCGCUCGCGGGGUCCCAGGUGUACGUGUACUACUUCACGCACCGGUCGUCGCAGAACGCCUGGCCCCAGUGGAUGGGCGUCAUCCACGGCGAGGAGAUCGCCUUCCUCUUCGGCGAGCCGCUCAACCAGUCGCUGGGCUACCACCCGGACGAGCAGGAGCUCAGCCGCCGCAUGAUGCGCUACUGGGCAAACUUCGCCAAGACUGGGAAUCCCAGCCUGUCCGACGAGGGCCACUGGGAGCGCAUCUACUGGCCCGUGCACACGGCCUACGGCAAGGAGUACCUCACACUGGCCGUCAACUCCAGCCUCGUGGGCUACGGCCACAGGGCAAACUAUUGUGCCUUCUGGCAACAGUUUCUACCUCGCCUGGUCAACCUCUCUGCCAACCACCCAAACAUGUCGGCGACCUGCACGGCGGGCGCCUCCCAGUCCGUUCCCGUGAGGACGGCCUUCCUGUCACUGCCCACGCUGGUGUCCUUCGUCGCCGCCGCCAAGGCGCUGCUGUUUUACCCUAGGCUAUGGUGCUAA